AUGGAAGUCCUCAAUCAGGUCGUGGCUGGGGGACAAUUCCGGAUGCUCAAGGAACCUCUGGGGUUUCUGAAACUGCUGGAAUGGCUCUUUGCUAUCUUUGCGUUCGCCACCUGCGGGACCUACAGCGGGGAAUUUCGCCUCAGCGUUGAGUGUGUGAAUAAAAGCGAGAGCGACCUGAACAUUGAAGUGGAGUUUGGCUACCCAUUCAGACUCCACCAGGUCUAUUUCGACGUCCCAGCCUGCAAGGGGACCGAGGUGGAGAAGGUGUUCCUCAUUGGGGAUUAUUCCUCCUCCGCCGAAUUCUUCGUCACCAUCGCCGUCUUCGCCUUCCUGUACUCGCUGGCUGCCGCGGUCGUCUACCUCUUCAUGGAGAACAAGUACCGGGAGAACAACAAGGGCCCCAUGAUCGAUUUCGUCGUCACCGCUGUCUUCGCCUUCAUGUGGCUGGUGAGCUCGUGCGCCUGGGCCAAGGGUCUCUCCGACGUCAAGCUGGCCACGGACCCCGACAACGUGAUCGAGGGGCUGGAUGUCUGCAAGAAAGAGGGGAACACGUGCAAAGAGCUGAAGGACCCCGUCAUCUCAGGGCUCAACACCUCAGUGGUCUUUGGCUUCCUGAACCUGGUGCUGUGGACGGGGAAUCUGUGGUUCGUGUUUAAGGAGACGGGUUGGAGCGCCCCCUUUGCCAAGUACCCGCCCGCCGUCCCGGAGAAGCAGCCGGCUCCGGACACCUACGCCGACUCCUACAACCAGGGCUCCGGCUACGUGCAGCAGGAUUCGUACGGCCAGCAAGGCGGCUACCAGCCGGAGUAUAACCAGCAGGGCUAUGGGCAGCCCGACCCCUAUGCCCAGCAGGGGGGGUACGGCCAGGCCGCCCCCACUUCCUUCUCCAACCAGAUGUAG